UGACGUCAGGGCCGCCCCUGCAGUGUGAAUGAAUCAAGCGGUUUGUGUGACACACAGCGAAAGAACGCACGAGCUCGAACUCACGCGCGACUAUUUCACGAGGAUAACCACAGGCGCGAGGACUGUAAAAGGAGACUAUCCGGGGAGAACAAUUAUUUUACGCACAUCUGAGAUUCUCCGACCUCCGCGAGCGGGUGCAUGUGUGCGUUUUCUCGGACUGGAUGAAAAUGAUGCAAAGUGCGGCUGUGUUGCCCGGCGAGAGCGCGGUGAAGGGUCUGCCGGACAUCCUCGGAGUGCCACUGCAACAGAUCCCUCAGUGCGCAGGCUGCAGUCAACACAUCCUGGAUAAGUUUAUUUUGAAGGUGUUGGAUCGACACUGGCACUCAAAAUGUCUCAAGUGUGCCGACUGUCACGCGCUCCUAGCAGACAAGUGUUUCUCUCGCGCGGGGAAUGUCUACUGCAAAGAGGAUUUCUUCAAGCGUUUUGGGACAAAAUGUGCAUCGUGCCAGCAGGGGAUUCCCCCGACGCAGGUGGUCCGGAAAGCUCAGGACUUUGUGUACCACCUUCACUGCUUCGCUUGUGUAAUGUGCAGCAGGCAGCUGGCCACCGGUGAUGAGUUCUACCUCAUGGAGGACGGGAGGCUCGUGUGCAAAGAGGACUACGAAACAGCCAAACAAAAUGAUGAUUCAGAGACAGGAGCAAAACGUCCACGAACCACCAUCACAGCCAAACAGCUGGAGACGCUCAAAAGCGCCUACAAGAACUCGCCUAAGCCUGCACGACAUGUGCGCGAGCAGCUCUCCUCAGAGACGGGGCUGGACAUGAGAGUAGUGCAGGUGUGGUUUCAAAACAGGCGAGCAAAAGAGAAACGGCUGAAGAAGGACGCUGGUCGGCACCGCUGGGGUCAGUUCUACAAAAGCGUCAAACGCAAUCGAGGGUCCAGUAAGACAGAGAAGGAGAGCUCAGCCGAUGAUGCAGGACUCAGCGAUAGCGAACUUAGUUUCAGAGAAGACCAAAUCCUGUCAGACCUUGGUCAUGCUAACGGCUUGUAUGGAAGCGUCGGAGAUGUCACGAACGGCAACAUGCUUAACGGGAGCUUCUCCCUGGAGGGGGGUGGGCAGCCAUACCAUGACCUGCGGGCAGGAAGUCCCUACGGCCUGCCACAGUCCCCCUCAUCCAUCACUUCCCUCCCAGGCCACACCCCGCUGCUCAACAACUUAGGCUUCAACAUAGACGGCAUCAUGGGUCAGGGCGGUCAGCCUAAUGUAGGUCAAGCUCUGAGAGCAAUGGCCGGCGGACCCACCUCUGACCUGUCGACAGGAAGCAGCACGGGCUACCCAGACUUCCCCACCAGCCCUGCCUCGUGGCUUGAUGAAAUGGACCACUCCCAGUUCUGAGGUCAAAGGUCAUAAUGGAAAGUGCGGUACUAUGGACAAGAAAUCUGAAGAUUUUAUAGACGUCUUUCCAAGAACUGGUGACGUUUGUGCAGUGAGGCCCAAAACAGCACCUACUUUAUCACGGUGGCUUGACUUUGCUGAA